AGGUUGUUCGUGGUGUGGUGAAAGUUGUUGUAGAGAAGGAAGGACUGACUAGAGAAACUAGCAGAGAGCACAUUAGCUGCUGUUCCGCCUUCUUCUCCUCAGUUGUGUGUGUAGCAGCAGCUGCAGUUAGCAGGUUCACUCCGUUUAUUGUCGUACAUCUGCAGCACCGACAGUAAGAAAUCGAUUGGAGUUGUCUUGUUUUUGAAAACAGAUUUCUCUGAUGUGAAACGAGACCAAGGCUGCAAGGCGUAAAGCAUUCCAGGUCCUUCCAGACAGUGCAGUUGCUGCAGAGACAAAGCAAAGAGGAAUCAUCAUGGCCACCGACCAUGAGCCCACGUUCACUGUGAAGCUGCUGCAGUUGCUGCUGCUCUCCACUUACUGGGGAAUGCAAAUUUGGGUCACCUUUGUUUCAAGCUUUGUGAUGGACAGCUACCUGAGCAGACACACGUAUGGAUUUAUUCAGAGUCGUCUCGUGCCGUACUACCUCCACCUGGGUUCAGCUUGUGCCUUCUUCAACCUCACCAUCUACGCUGUGUAUCAUCCCAGCGACCUGCUCAAUGAAAGAGAAGCCUUUCAGAUCUUCAUCUUCUUUGUGUCGGUGAUGGUUGCGGCUGUCAACGCACAGUGGUUUGGCCAAAUGACGUCCGACAUCAUGGCAGACAUGCACCUCAUUGAGCAGGCGUGCGGACUGGGCCAGGACAUCGGCCUGUCGUCUAACCGCGAGGCGUACGCCAAGCUGUGCGACACGGACGCCAAAUACAGGCACCUCAGCAGUCGCCUGUGGCUCUACCAGCUACUGUGCUCCCUCUGUAACCUCUGCUGCGUCGGCUGCAACUUCUACAGUCUCUGUUACAUGGCUGAGAACCUCAUCACACUGUAACACUGACGCACUGCGUGGACACUGGUCCACUACUGGACUGAAAACUUUGUGGGAAAAAAAAAAGUCAGUCCCCUACCUUUUUUUUGUAUACGAGCAGUAAGUUAUAUAUUUAAUACACAAUGUCUUUAUUUCAGUAAAAAAAAGUCUAGUGGAAAGUAAUGGCAGGUUAUCGGCUCGUGUGUAGAUAUUUUUCACGUCAGUUAAGCUGAAUUUCUCUCAGGAGACAAAAUCUUUUUCUUUAAAAAAAAAUUACCCCAAAACAAAUGCUUUCACAAUCGUUAAUUUUAAAUAUUUAAAACAUCGGAGGAACAAUAUUGGCACAAAAAUGGCCCAGAUCACCACACUGUUUCAAACAUUUGAAGCGACAUCUUUAUUCGUAAGGAGGCACAGUCCUGCUCUCCCUGUUUGGGUGGAGUGUUAAUACCUUGUUCACAGUGUGGUGUCACUGGUUUAUCAGGAUUACCUCAUGUUACUGCACUUCACUGUGAAAGUGACUGUUGAUGCUAUGAAGGAGGGUUCCAGCAUUUUUAACGUUGUACACUUAGUGUUGCUUUAUUCCAUCCACACGUACUUGCGCCGUUGAAGCUUUUCAUCACCAAUUCAUCGGUUUGGAAUGUUCUAAAUGAAUCAGAAAAUGGAGAAGAAAAAAAAGUUGUUGUCCACAAACCAAAGAUAUUCACAAAGAUAAUUCUUUUAUGUCUUUUAAUCUUAUUUUCUCAAUAGUGAAGCACGUUUGUGCCUGUGUUUUGAGAAGUGCUAUACAAAUCAAUAUUAUUAUUAUGGUAGAGGAGCAAAGACACCAGAGAAUAUUUAAGAAGCUGAAAACAGAGAACUUGGAGAUUGUUGGAGAUUAAUUUAGCCUUCAACUACAAAUGUUCAAUUUUUGAUGAAUUGUUCUUUUCUUUUCAGAAUUGUAUUAUUCUUUUGGAAACAGCAAUGCUGAGGGCUGGAUAGUUUCACAUGUGUUUGAUUCAUUUUUGAUCAGCCGUGAUAGAAAGAAUUGAGUUGUCAGUGAACUGAUAAAUGAGCAGAUAUUA